AUGGCGUGGUCUUUAAUCUCAGUUCAUGGUGUUAAAAGGCUAAAUGUUUGGUAUUGCGACAUCGGAUGUGAUGACAGAAAUAUAGAACAAAUAAGAUUGGUAUUUUUAACUUUUUUCUUGCCUCAUGAGUGGAGCAGAUGUAAACACAGCAGCAAAAAAAAAAAAGCAAGAAAAAACGAUGAGAGGAACAAGAGAGAAAGAGAAAAAAAAGAGAAAAAAAAAAGUGAUAUAAAGAACGCUCGACCAAAUGGCAUAAACGAAACAGAAGGUGAACUUUCUUUGUUGACAUCUAAUUCAGAAUCACAAGAAGAUGAGGAGUAUCAGCCAACUCAGCCAUGGAAUCUUUAUCACAUUUAUGCUAGUUCAGAUGGACAAGUUGAAUGCAUAACUUGGACAACAACUGAGCAAAUAAUGCUCCUGCAAAAAUUUCUAGAUGUAAAUAAUCUCUCAAUGCCUCUAUCUCUCAAUGCCUCUCUUGCUGUAGUAGAUCAACACGGAAUGGGGCGACCUGUAGUACAGUCAAUAGUGUAUCGUGAAGAUCAAGCUCAUCUCAGAAUGUUUCUGAUACGAUCACAAGAAUGGGCUGGUUUUAAUACAUUUUUAACUUCCAUUUUUGUUAUUGAUAUGGCUCAAGCUGAAAUCUCAGUGUUGCAGGUUAUUUUCAUAGAUAACCGUAUUUUGCUAUGUCGAUUUCAUGUAUCCAAGGCAUUUGUACAUAAAAUAAAAAAAAGUAAUUUAAUAAGUAAUGACAAAGAAUCUUUAUAUAAGGCUACAAAAAGGUUAUUAUAUGGUAACCAGCAAACAUGUAAUGAAGCUUUGUUAAAUAUACAAGAGACCUUUCCAGAGUUUUACUUAACACUUAACUUAACAAAUAACUGGUUGAUGAUGGCUGACAUGUUCAUGGGCUACCGCAGAAAAGGUCUACUCCACAUUGAUAAUCACACCAAUAACAGAUUGGAACGGUAUCACAGAACUUUAAAAGAUGUUGGAUUGACAUCGCGUAUGUCACCAGGUAAUCUUAUUAGCAAAAUAAUAAAGGUAAAUAGAGUUCAACUUGAAAAAUCAAAACAUGCUGAUUUUGAUCAACGUCUUAAAAUAAACACUAAACUUCCUGAAUGUUUAAAAUUUUAUGCUCAUACAAUCUCAUCAUUCAUUUUACAACAUAUGGUUGAACAGUAUAAUUUAAGUCAAAAGGAAGGAUAUAGUUUACAAGAGGAAAAUAAUUGCUUGCAAGUUAGAUACAAUGAUUGUUUGUUUCCCCUUCAUAACUGGACUUGCCAAUGUGAUAAUGCUACUGGUUAUGGAGUUCCAUGCUCUCAUGCCUUCUUUACUAUUAUAGACAAAAAUAUGAACUUACCUGAUCUAGAUUCUUAUUCUAAAAGGCACUAA